AUGUCACUUUUGGAAUUUUGGGAGACACAGCGGCCGGUGAAACGGCGGCGGAAUUCUGAGAAGCUGAACGAGAGUGACAGCGCAGAGGCGGAGCCUGAGACCAAACGACCGCCGAGUCCAAGUCCUUCGGUCGAUCCGAGAGAUACGCCUGUGCCUGUAUCAGAGGAUCUGGGUUAUAUUCCCAGCAGUCAAACGGAUCUCGAAACUUCACUUCCUGCUAUCAAGACCGACGAGGGUGCGAUUGAGGAGUAUGAGACUUCCAAGAAUGACGCUGAGCCUGGAUUACAUGUGAGACUACGAGAUGGAGUCUGGCAAAGAGGCAAAAGCUCUAUUUAUGUUGAUGCGUUCAAUCUGGCACUGGAGACUGUGCUGGAUGAGGAAUCACAUUUAUUUGACGAGGCUGAAAUGAACAUCUUCAGACAUUGGCGGGAGCUAUCGUAUGAAUCCCAAUAUCUCUACGUGAGGCUAUUUCUACGCAAGACCUCUGCGUGGCAUCGUAUCAACAGACUGAACUAUUACUCUGACAUCUCGGAUUUGCUCUCAGUUGCCGAAGACCUGCAGAUGAAGCGAACUCUACCCAACGAGGAUCUCGAGGAAACAUUUAGAUUUGCUGAGGGCACAGAAGAAAUAACAACACUAGAAGAAGCGUCGUCCCUCCUGCUGCUCGAAGAGCUAAAGGUCUUUGCAAAAGAAGCCAAGGUACAAGGCAAAUCCAAGAAAGAGCUGCUGGCAGGUCUACUUGAAACAAGCCAAACACAAACAGGACUCAAAGACACGAACAACAGAGAUGGCCACUUCACCCAGAAGAUACUAGAUUACGCGGGUGGAUGUAUCCGACUCUCAUCUAUCCCCCGUGCUCUCUUCGAGCGAGUACAUCUAGUCUUCUACAGAUCCACCGAGUGGACAGAAAAAUCUCUCACAACAAUAAUCCUGGCCAAAAUGACCAAGAGAAAUUUCCCCGAAUACAUUGUCUGCCGCUCAAACGCGAUAUUCGCAUCUAGAGAAGCCCUAUUAGAAUUCGAGGCCGCCAUCCAAACCCAAUUCGCGAUAGACAAUAUCCUCGAAUUCAACGGACCACCCACAACGGAAUCACUCCAGCAUAUCAUCGACCUAGCAAACAAGUACCACCCGCGAUGGAAAGAACUAGUCAAGCAAGAACAACAAAAAGAAGACAGCAUCUAUGACAGCGGCGAAGGCGCCUAUCUACGCCGAUUCUCACCCGCAUGGGUAUUCACCCGCAUAAUUCACAAAAGCCUACAUCCGCUCGGCCGAUUCAAGGAGCAUAAGCGCGAGCACGAAGUUCUCGAAGAACUCCUCGCUCAACGACUCUUCCAUGCUGCGCGGCGCGGCGCAUGGUAUCAGCGGAAAGCUUUGCUGGAAGAACAUUACAUGGCUGCUCUGAUGCCGAGUGGGGAUCGCAGCGAGGAGAACCAGCGGAAGCAUUGGAAGAGGAUUGCAUUGAAGACGUGUGAGCUGGGAUUGGAAGAUCCGUUAUGUCAUCUGAUCUUCCAUUACGACUUGCAGAAGCGGAUUACGAAGCUUGAAAAGGCUCUCAGGGUUGUUAAGCGGGAGCAGCAUGAUUUCGGACAUGUCAUGCUUGGGAAGCCGGUUGAGCGGGUUGUUGAGGGCAUCCGGAUUGAUAAUGACGAUGGGCCGAAGAAGGGUAAGGCCACUGUUUGGGUUGAUGAGAGGGAAGGAGGCGAGUGUAGAGUCGAGAGUAUGUGUUUGAGUUGGUACCGCGAUCAUGGCUGGAAGGGGUAUCACUCUGAGGGUGGUAUUGUUCGGACCUUGUUUGGUUACCUUUUCUACGAUAUACUGUUUACAUAUGUGCCCAACGUCUUCCAGACGGCGUUUCAGACAUGUCCGUUGGAUUUACACACGGAUGUCUUUUAUCCGUCUCGAACAUCUGAAAUCAAUCAUCGACUUGUUGAAAUUACGAAUGGGGACGCAGAGCGUAUCAUUCGGGAGAUUCAUGCUCGGGAGGGCGAAGCCCAACCGUGUGCUGUCGGUCUUGACUGGUCUUUUGACCUGGAGGACUUGGUUGAGAUUGUGCACUGCUUUCGCGGCGAAGCUCUUGCGACCAUUUGUAAGGUGAUGGCACAAGAAUAUCAGCAGCGUGGUGGAGGAAUUCCGGACUUGUUCCUUUGGAACCAUGAGAAACGGACAGUGAUGUUUUCUGAGGUCAAAUCGGAGAAUGACCGGCUGAGUGAUACUCAACGUCUGUGGAUUCAUAUUCUUUUGUCUGCGGGUGUCAAGGUUGAACUUUGCAAUGCUGUUUCGAGGGAAAUCAGAACUCAAUGA